AUGGCUCCCGGAAUUAUCUCUCCGGUCCCCGGUAACAUUACCUCCCCUUCCUAUUCUAGUCUGCCUGGCAACUCUCGGCACGUGUCUACCAUCUCUAGCGUGUUUGAGAGCGACAAUGUUUCGAACAAUGGCCGCUGGUCGCGCCGCGACCCUUUCAUGCCUCGCAAAGUCAGUGGCUCUAGCAACGCGAACAUGAACAGAGUUGCUCAGUUCCUGCACAGUCACAGUAGUGUACAGCUCAGGAACGUUGCUUUCUCCGAUCUUCUGAACACCGAUUAUUACACUAUCACGGACUGGAUUCGCCACGAGCGCAUGAGCUACCUCCCUCCUGCUGGAAGCUCCUACGACAAGGUCCUCAGCUGGGCUGAGUUUUUUGUUGACCGCUUGAAAAAGUUUGUUGACGACGCUAUCCAUGAGGAUAGUUAUCUUGUCGCGAAUCUCGCUUAUGGCUCAUGUGGGCUUCUUCUGGAGCUUGGCAAGGAGAACAAGAAGAAUGCUGAAGCAUUGAUGGUCUCAUUCGGCUUCUUCUACAAUCUAUCUGCGAUUCUGGUGAAUCUCAUUGAGCGAGCAGAACUCUUCGCCGUCUCGGUAGAUAUCAGCAAUCAGCUGGCUACGUGCCUGUCUCACUUGGUGACCCUAGUGGCCAACGUCGCCCGCACAUUCAACGACAAAAUUCGCUCAAGGUCCGGUCCCGUCUCUGUCGACAUCUAUGACACCUUCGAUACAGAGAUCCGUUGUUUCCGCGCCAGCUGCGACAGUAUCGCCGAGGCUAUGUGGCAUCACCAGCUGAGUCGGGAGAGCAGUGUCGUCUGCAAAGAUGUCAAGUCCAUUCGUUCUUGGCUCGCCCCCGAAGACCGUGUCCUUAGUCACAUCGCCGAGAACAGCUCCCACCUUGCCCACGAUCGCGAGGAGAUGACCUGUCAAUGGGUAGACCAGUACCUGGCUCACUUCUUGAAGGGUCCGGAAACCAUUAUGUCGUUCUAUGGCAAGCCUGGAUCUGGAAAGACUGUGUUGGCUUCGGUCAUCGUCGACAUUCUCCAGAAGGUGAUCGGCGGUGUCUCCUACCAGACAUUGUUUGUUCCUAUUAAUGCUCGCAUUCCUGCUGAGACUAGCCCCACUGCCAUUGCGAAGACCAUCCUGUUCCAGCUCUUCGAGAAGCGCAUUGGUAACGUUGGGUUUCUGCAGUCCCUGAGCAACGCGUAUGAGCGUAGCCGCAAGAUCACCGAUGUAGCUGAGUACGAGGACAUUCUCUGGUCUGCGGUGGAGGAUGGCUUGGCUGCCACUCUCAGUGGCGCCAAACAGCUUGUGAUUGUCGUUGAUGGGCUGGAUGAAGCAUCCUGUCCCGAACAGGUUCUUUUCAAGCGCCUGACCGCUGCUCUCGACACUGCUGUCAACAUGAGGGUCAACGUAAAGUUGAUCACUUUUGGUGCCGAAAAGCAUGCUGCGUCGGGGAAAGUGAUGAACGUCCCCGUCAACGAGGAUCGCAUCAACGAUGAUAUCUCCAUCGUCGUUCGCAACAUCUCUACCAAAAAGAACCACGAGACUUUCAACCCCUUCAACCAGAUUUCCGAAAUGGAACAGGUGAUUAUCAUCAACCAGAUCACUGAGGCUUCGCAAGGCUCCUUCCAGUGGGCUAAACUCUGCACCAAGCGGGUCCGCCUGGAGCAAAACCCCGAGGCCAUGAUGAAGGUUGUCGAGACUCUCGUCAAGGAUAAACCUAGUGUCGCCGACUUCGUGGCUGAUACCCUCUCCCAGCCCGGGGUCACCGAGGAGGCCAGGUACAUGCUGCUGUGGCUUGCGACUGCGGACCGCCCUCUGGUGUUGAAGGAGCUCACUGCCUUGGCCUCCAUCCAGGUUGACAAACAGACUGUCACCGAUCGCAAGGUCAACCCUCUGGAGGUCCUGUCGCCCUUGGUUUCCCUUGUCUUCCUCCAGGCUGACCAGGUGUGCCUGCGCCACGGGCUCAUUCGCACUGCUGUUUUGGAUGUGUUCUCCAAGGGCAAGCUCAUUCCGGCGAUCAAGGACCGCCACCUUGACUUGGUCACUCGUCUGUUGAUCUACAUCAAGAACACGGUCACCGAGAGACAUGAGCCGACCUUGGAUCAACUUCACAGUUACGAGACCCUCCUCUCGAGGAACCCUCUCCUUGACUUUGCUGUGCGGUCCUGGCCGUACUAUCUCAGACAGACCAACGUCUACACCACCGGUGGCGUUGCUCCUACUGCCAAGGAGUUCUCCAAGCUGUUCCCCGUGACUGUCACUCUUCUGCUUCUCCAAACCGCCUUGUGGCAGAACAUCUCUACACCGAAGCUCGUGUCCUUCCAGACCACCGUCACCAACCUGACUCGCCAGAUCCUGACCACCGACAACCUUGUCACUUUGCAGUCCAUUAUCACUCUGGCGCUGAUGCAUCGUGACAUCGGUCAAAUCCCUGAGGCUACUACUCUGGUGUACGAGUUGACCACUAUCACUCGCAAGAUUCUGACAGAGAGGUCUAUUGUGACCAUGCAGGUGGCUAACACGUUCCUCGAGCUUACCGACUGUCAGAAAACUGGGUCCAAGACGGAUUUCAUGGUCAAGCGAGAGGAGAUCUUUAAGCUCGUGAUUAAGUGCUAUGCUGAGUACUACGGCCCCAGAUCCGAUCAGGUGGUCACUACAUACCAUACUCUCAUUGAGCACUACCGCCUCACCAAGGAGGAGACGAAGAUCCGGGAGAUCGAAGUCAUUAUCCAGAAGAUCACUGGCGAGUAUGGUGCUGAUCAGACUAACGUCCAUGGUGAACUCCCGGUCACAAUCGGCGGCAGACAGCCGGAGCCUGAGACCUCUGGCAUUCCCUUGGACCCGGAAGUCGAGCAUGACGAGGUCGAUAGCGAUGCCUUCGAUUCCCAGGCCCAUCUAAAGCAGGCCGAGAAGUUCACUGCUGAAGGUAAUAUUACUGAGGCUGAACGUAUCUACGUUAAGAUCUGGCAGCGUGCUAGCGAUGAGUGCCGUAUCCAGUAUUCCGGAGACUGGGAGGAGAUCAAGCUAAACGCUGUUCUUGUCUACACCCAGUUCCUCAGGUCGCAGAAGCGUGAGACCGAGGUUUCCUCCAUUCUGUCUAGUGUCGCGGAGGAUUACAGACACAGCAGCCUGUUUGUGUCUGAAUCCUCGGCCUCUCGCUUCCAGGAGAUUGCCAAGGUCAUGACGGACGUUGGACUCUCUGCUGCUGCACUGAAUAUCCUUAGACAGGUUGCUCACUACUACAAGAGCACUAAGUCUUCUUCCUACUCCGUGGUUGAGCAGCACAUCCAAAGUGUCUUCCAGCGUAUUACGCGCGAAGCCAGCUCCUCGUCCUGGACCGCUAUGUCAGAAUCCGUUCUGCAGGAAUUCGUCUAUGAGCUCUACCAGUCCGGAUCCAAGAUUGACCAGAGCUCGUUCACAGUCCUUCAUACCUUAGUCGAGAAGUACACAUCUCAGCACCGCUGGAAGGAUACUACUCGUGUCAUCAAAAAGAUUCUCCGGACUCUGUGGCCCUCGCUGUUCUCUCCCUCAGUCAAUGAUAUGAGCCUUCCGACAGAGCACACUAACGAGUGCGUGUCCCUCGCGAGGCGCCUCAGCCAGUGCUACCAGUACCGCCGCCGCUCCACUCGUGAGGAGAGAAUUCGCUACCGCGUGUAUUUUGCUCUUCGCGCUGCUAAGCCCGUCGAUGACAGGACGCGUAAUGAAGUGACCAAUGAACUCGUUGCCUUCUACGGGCGAUCCUCUCAGCCCGACCGUGUCAUCUCCACUCGCCAGGAGGUCCUGGGCGACGAAACCAACCACUACGGUCCCGAGCACCCCGUUGUCAUCAAUACCUUGAAGGACCUGGCUGAUCUGACUCGACCUCGGCCCAUAUUCGUGGAGUACUAUCAAAGAGUCAUUAAGGCUUUGAACAAGGACUCACCUCACUGCCACCCCGAUGCGAUCGAGCCCCUUGUCAUGGUCGUGAACGAGCUGUGGAGACAGAGCCGUUACUUGGAUGCUGUGCCGUACUACUCAGUGCUCUUCUCUACCUUCUUGGUCGACCCCAAAAAAUUUCAGGACACCGCCUUUGUUCAGGAUUUCUUCACUCGCUACAUUCAGUGUCUGCGUAAUACUGGCAAAGACUACACCUCCAUCCACACAGUUACCACCCAGUACCGAACCAAGGUCAAGGCUGUCUAUGGUGCUACUGCCAAGAUUACCAUCAAUGCAACUCUGACCCUCGCCAAGUUAUCCCAGGAGACCAAGUUCAACCAGAAUAUUGCCAUUGAGCUCUACAAGGAGUUGUUAAACAUCCAAUCCAACGAAAUUGAACACAAUGAGAUCCAGGCGACACUUGACGGCAUCUACGAGGACCAGGCGGCCAUCCUUCACUCUUCAUCGGCCUCGUCCGAGGACGUCAAUAUUGCCAUGAGCGUCUUCAAGAAGCGUUCCACCAUUAUUCGUCAGACUCAUGGCUGGGCUUCCGAGAUGUCUCUGUCCAAGCUGGAAGAGAUUGUUUCCUUCCACGCCAAGCAAAAGGACACCUCGUCUGUCCUUUCUGAGCUCCACGAGUCGACCUUCAAUAUCCUGUUGACUGAAUCGUCCUCCUCCCGCCUGAUAUCCGCUGCCACAGUCAUCGCUGGCAGCUACAUUGCUACCGAGCAGAUCGCAAAGGCAACCGAGCUGACUCAGGAGAUCUACCACCAGAUCGUCAUGAAGGACAUUAGCUCGAAGAACCACCAGUUUGAUCUGUCAUCUAAGGGCCGCCAGAGCCUGAUUUUCCUGGCUCAGCUUGAGCACAGUCUGUUCAAACGCACCUCGACCAUCACUGAUGUCCUGGCCUCCUUGACUACGGAAUACGUCUACUUCGAGGAGUUCCGUAGCCAGCGGUCGUCCAAGGCGGCCACCUUCCACUCAGUAUCUGUGUCUGCUGCUCAACUGCACAGCUUCCUGCGCAGCAGUAACCGCGAAUCCGCCGCCGCUCGCGUCUUCGAUGACUAUGUCGCCUACUUCUUGGCCACCGAGGGCAAGCGCAUCAAGUUGACUGAUCCUGCUAAGGUGAAGAUCCUGCUCUCAACUCUCCUAAAGCACUUCAGCACCUACCAGUCCAGCAACUUCAUCCGUUCGAUCGGUAUUGCCAGCAACCACGGCGUCCUGGAGCUUCUGAAGGAAAAGAACUACGGUGGUGCGUCCGACCUCGCCUCCGCUGCCUUCCACUACAUUUCUGCCGAUGAUGCUUUCCGCAAUCCCGCCAUCCUCAAGUUCGUGUUCACCUUGGGUGUACACACCGGUCGCACCAUCAUCCUGCGUCCCGACCAGGCUGCGCAGAAGCUGGUUGAUGUCUCCUGCCGCAUCAUCAAGGAGGUCCUCCGCGUCUGCAGGGACCAGAAUAUCGACCUGGCCCAAAUCAGGCUGGAGUACCUGAAUAUCUUGAUUCGCCUGCUUGGCGAGCAGAAGAGCUACGAGGACCUUGCCUGGCUCUUGUCCGGUCUCUGGAACAGCCGUAACAAGCAGGGUACCUGGUCCGCGAGCAUAAUCCUCCAGCUUGCACGCCGCUACAUCAUGGCUAGUUACCUAAAUGAAGAUGGUCUUAAGGCCUCCCGCCUGGCCGAGAAUAUUGUCUAUAACUGCCGCCGUGUCAACGGCCCUUGCCACGCCAGCACCCUGCAGAUGUCUGUUCUGCUGUCACAGCUGUACACUGGUAUUGCCCAAAAGUUCCAGUCUAUCAAGGGCGGCCAGAACAUGGCCUCGAACCUGUACAGGAAGAGCGCCGCUCUGCACGAGUACCUGCUACGUGUCUUCGUCGACCCGUCGCUGGCCGACUUCGAUGGUGGUCUCGAGAACAGCCUGAGCUUGGACGGCUCUGUCGACCUCGAUUUUGGAGGUGACUCAACCGACAGUGCGUCCGCCUUCGACGGUAUGGACGUCUGCCAGCACCUCCAGCUUCUCAAGCUUGCUGUUCAGCGCUUGGGCGACUGGCCCAAGGACCGCAGCGAGUUUGAGCGCCUGUAUAAAGAUCUCCAAACUAAGUGCGGAGGUAACCUCGAGGGUGUUGAAGAGGUUGAGAAGUGGAACCUGAAGAGCUUUGGCUCUGGUAAGGCGGCUGGCAAUGAGGACAUUCUGAACCUUGACUUCAAGACUUGGGAGCUGGAAAUCAAGCCCCCCGAUGAGAUUGAUGAGGGGGAUCUUUAA